CUCUAGAGUGCGACGGUACGUCACUCAUUGUCUGACAGUCAAACGAGGAACAGUCCAAUGAACCAAUUAUCGAGAAUUCAACAGCUGUAACAUUAUGUUGUGGAGAGGCCUUCAUUCGUUGUUCUCAUCCAUUUGACACCUUCCUGAUUCAUACAGUCCUCGUUUAUAUAGUCACUGAUGAUGAACAAGAUGAAUAAGGACAAGAAUAUGACUGAGAAGAUCUUAAUUAGAGCACUGGAGAUCAUCUACCUGCUGUCUGGAGAGAAAAUCUCUAAACUCCCUCCUCAUUUUUGUAGGCCUCAGUCUUAAAGCAUUUGGCUAACACACAAAUGAUGGAUAAAAUAAACAAGGACACAAAGAAAAUGUCAGAGAGGAUCUUGAAUAACUCUUUGGAGAUCAUCUACAUGCUGACUGGGGAGGAAUACACUGUUGUGAAGAAGAACUCGCCCCAUAGCAGUUUUCACCCACUGACUGGAGAGGUACCGAUAAAGUGUGGUGAUGUUGCAAUGCAUUUCUCUAUGGAGGAGUGGGAGUAUAUAGAAGAAAACAAGGACCUUUACGAAAAUGUCAUUAUAAGUAAUGAGGAGGAGGAGAAUCCACAAACACUCAAGACUGUUGAAAGCCCAGCACAUUCGACUUCUGGGAGUUCUGAUGAAGUUAAGGCUGACGUUGAGUUAGAAGCUGAACAAAAAGAUGAUCUGUGUGUAAGGAGUCCACAGAAGCCUGAAGAGCUUGAAAUCUGUGACAAUAUUUGUACAGGUGAAAUUAAGACAAUUAAGACUGAAGUUAUAAUAGAUACUGAACAACCUGAAGAACCUUGUAUGGGAAAUCAGCUAGAAAGUCAUAAGCAGGAAGUAUCCCACAAAAUCCGCACAGCAAGGCUAUUGGGACAGAAGGGAAUCAGAGAGAUUUGGGAGACCAAAGACUGGAAGAAAUCUUGUAAAAUUAAAACAGAAGCUGGAAUAGAUUCUGAACAAACAGAAAAGCUGUGUGUAGGAAGUCAGCUAGAAGCUUCAGAGCAGGAUACUUGUGACCGUGUGAGCUCAGGUCUGGAAAAUCUAUACUAUGUGUCUGUUGUUGAGGAGGAAGAUGACGACGAUGAAAGUGAUGACAAGAAUGUUCAGAAAGUGAAAAUCCUAUCAGACACCUGGACAGAUACAACAGAUGGAUACAUGACAUGGAACACGUUUGGAGAGCAUAUUUACCCAUUUUCACCAGAUCGGGCUAUACCAGAGGUCGGUGUUAACCAGAUUUAUCAAGGAGCAAACCACAUAGAGCAAAAUACGCCAAACAGUGUGAUCAAAUCUGUGAAAAUGAUGGCUAUGGAUUCAAACCCACAUGAAGAAAGAAAUCUGUGGUAUAACGGCAGUGAGAGUGCUAAAGGUAUAAACAGCGGAUCAGCCAUUCAUUCGUUCAUCACGGAUCAAGUGAUUCGUACAGGAGAAAAAUCAAUUAUUUGCUCUGAAUGUGGUAAAUGUUUUAGCAACAAUUCAAAUCUUGUUGCACAUAAGAGAAUCCACACAAGAGAAAAAUUAUUUGCUUGUCCUGAAUGUGGUAAACAAUUUAACCGGAAUUCAAGCCUUACUAGACAUCAAAAAAUUCACAGUGGAAUAAAACCCUUUGCAUGUUCUGACUGUGGAAAAUGUUUUGUCCAUAAAGUAAAUCUUGUUACUCAUAAAAGGACUCACACAGGUGAAAGACCAUUUCCGUGUUCUGAUUGUGGGAAAUGUUUCAGCAGAUCAUAUAUUCUUAUGCGACAUAAGGAGAAACAUCACAGACACAUGACUAAUCCUCCCCCUACUUUACUGAAUGUUGUAAAUGUUUCAGCUGGUGGGAUAUUCCUUUGAAACCCAAAGGAAAUACGUCCGACACAUCCUGUUUCUCCUCCGCCAAAAAAAGGAAAUGAUAUGAAUAACCACCUUUUUGAAGACCGUUUUUUAUUCCAUUAAGUUUAAAUAUUUUGUAUCAAAGGAAGCUUUUAUCCCCCAAACAAAUUACGUUCCUUCAUUAGAUUUGCCUUUUUCACGUUUUUAGUUUAAUCACAUCUGUUUUAAUAUGAGAUACCUGCAGCUACUGAUUGGGGCCUUUUGUGGGGAAAAAAAAUGAAAACUUUCUCUGCAUGCUAGUUCAAAAUCGAAGCAUUGCACUCCUGGAUUCCCCAGGAACUUCUGGAAUAUAAAUAGCAUAAGGAACAUGAUAAAACACGUUGAACUCUUCAGAGGAAAGACUUACACACAUGGUUAUUCUGCCAACUGCAAUAGUUUUCAAAACUCAAGGUCUGGACAGGUCAAGGUCUUAGCCUCUCAUCUUCCUGGUUAAUUAAAUGUACAUUUUUAAUUUGGAUAAUAUCCGCUUUUAUUAAUCUUUUAAAUCUAAAGUUAUAUGCUAAGUGCUUCAACCCCAUUGGUGGGGAAAAAGCAAAAUGUAAAAAAGAAUUGUCUGUUACUUACUUGACUAAUUAUUACACUGUACAAUUUACCUGAAUAUGUUUGAGAAUAACAAAAAUUUGUCUUUUUUGUUUUGUA